AUGAGACAGCUGGUGGCUCUUCUUGUUCGGGCCAGCCGAGGCAGCCGAGGCAGCCGGGCGAGGGCCUGUACGGUGGCUUGGACGUGGUUUUGGCGCGUCCCCGAUCUGGCUCUGGACAAGUCGUCGGAGCAAGGGUUCUGCAGGUUCUUUAGCACACUGGAGCAAAAGCGCUCCAAUGGCGACUACUACAGCGUCCACGGGCCUGAUGCCAAAUAUGUGGCUACUGUGGUUUAUAAGACGCCUUCAGUACUCAAGAUGCUGGGCAGCAACCUUCCCAGCUGCACAAUGUCGCGCGUGGUCGCCGAGAGCUUUAUGCGCGAUGCGCUGCUCAACUACCAGCUGCGCGUAGAGAUCUACGCCAGCGAUUCCCGGCAGGGGUCGUGGAACGUGUCAAAGACCGCAUCGCCCGGAAACCUGCAGGAGGUCGAGGAGAUGCUGUUCCGGAACUCUGAGGUGGUGACAGUCCCGCUGGUCAUGGCCGUCAGCGUCAGAGGCGAGCAGGUGGGUGUCGCGUUUGUGGAUCCGGCGCAACGCAGUAUCGGCGUGUGCGAGUUUGUCGAUAAUGAUCUCAAUGUCAAGGAAUGCCUGAUUGAGCAGCUUGGCGCGGCGCAGAGUCUGGAGAGUCGCAAACUGGUUAGCGUGCUGGACAGGUGCGGGGUUGUGAUCACCAGCAUGCAAAAGAGCAAGUUCACUGUCAGCAAUAUCGAGCAGGAUCUGGGGCGUUUGGUGAACUCACAGGCACCGGUUGUGAGCCUGCCCGAGUAUGAUCUGAAGCGCUCGAUGGGCGCGCUGGCGGCCAUCAUCGGCUAUCUCAACCUCCUGGUCGACGAGUCAAACUACGCCAACUUCACUAUCAGUACACACAACCUGUCGCAGUACAUGAAACUUGAUGCGUCGGCGGUCCAGGCACUGAACCUGAUGCCGUCGCCCCAGGACGGGGCAAGCAAGACCAUGAGCCUGUAUGGACUGCUCGACCGCUGCAAGACCUCACAAGGAAAGCGUCUGCUGAAGCAGUGGCUCAAGCAGCCGCUUUUGUCGAUUACGGAUAUUGAGGACCGGCUUGGCUUGGUCGAGCAGUUCUUCAUGAACAUCGACCUGCCGGACUUUAAACGUCUGUCUAACCGAUUCCAGCGCGGGUAUGCUACGUUACAGGACAUUGUGCGCGUGUACCAAGUGGUUGUGUCGUUGCCUGCGCUCUGCGAUUUGGUGGACCAGUACUACCUGAACGAUUUGGUGUCCAUUGCAAACGACCUGGAGUCAUUCCAAGGCAUGGUCGAGACUGCUGUCGAUCUGGAGAUGGCGGACCAGCACGAGUUCAUGCUGAAGGCGGACUUUGACGAGGGGCUCCAGGAGACCAAGGCGCAGAUGGCGAAGGAGAUGCACACAAUCGUCGCUGAGCAGAGCCGAGUGGCCAGUGCAUUGGGGCUUGAUAUGAACAAGAAGCUGAAGCUCGAGAAGCACUCGACGUUUGGGCACUGCCUAAAGCUGUCGACGCUCAAGACAGGCGUGUACUUUACGACACCUACCCUGCGUGAUGCCAGCCGGAUGUAUCGCGACCUCUCCUCCGAUUAUGACAAGGCUCAGUCGGCACUGGUCAGGGAGGUGAUCAAGGUUGCAGCGUCGUACUGCCCAGUGUUGGAGCGGCUCAACACGACUGUUGCCCAUCUUGAUGUCAUUGCCAGCUUUGCCGAAGCAUCAGCAACAGCACCGAUCCCGUAUACACGGCCAGUGCUGACAGAAAGUGGCAAUGUCGAGCUGGCUGCCGCUCGCCAUCCUUGCCUGGAGGUGCAGGAGGGGAUCAGCUUUAUCGCGAACGAUGUCAGCAUGACUAAGGGCGAGUCGGAGUUUGUCAUCAUCACCGGACCCAACAUGGGUGGCAAGUCCACGUACAUUCGCCAGAUUGGUGUCAUUGCGCUGAUGGCGCAGGUCGGCUGUUUUGUACCGUGCGACUCGGCGCAGCUGUGCAUUUUCGACUGCAUUCUGGCGCGUGUGGGUGCAGGGCGAUGCACAGCUCAAGGGCGUAUGCUCGAGACCGCGUCGAUUCUGAAGACGGCGACCGAGAACUCGCUGGUGAUUAUCGAUGAACUGGGUCGUGGCACCAGCACCUACGACGGAUUUGGCCUGGCAUGGGCUAUCUCGGAGCACAUUGUCAAGGAGAUCAGGAGCAAGUGUCUCUUUGCCACCCAUUUCCACGAGCUGACAGAGCUCGAGAAGCUGUACCCAGCUGUGAAUAACCGCCAUCGGGCCAGCGCGAAGCUGACGCUGCUGUACAAGAUUGGCAAGGGCGUGUGCGACCAGAGCUUCGGCAUCCAUGUUGCAGAGCUGGCGCAGUUCCCUGAGUCGGUGAUCAAGCUUGCCAAGCGCAAGGUGACCGAGCUCGAGGAUUUCUCGUCGGUCAACAGUGAGCCAAAGAAGCAAGGCGACAGAAUUCACCAAGGCCCAGAUGGCGAGCGGAUCCAAGCUGAUCGAGGCAUUCCUGGCCGAGCUGGUGGCCACGCCUGGAUUCAGCGACAUGGCUGGCAAGGAUGUUGCGCAGCGCGUCGUUGA